AUGUCUAAGCUAUCGGGGGAAAAGCCCCCUCAACGCGGCUUUUCGGGGCUAACGUGUGCCAUUGCUGCUGUGGUUUGUUUGGCGACAGGAUAUUAUUCUGGGCGUCAAGAAAUCCCACGGUCGCUGGUUGAUGGCCCUUUAGUCCAAGUUCAGCCACUGCGCGAUCCUGUUGAGAAUUUGCAACAAUGCGCAAUCGAUAAUUUACUCGGCACGGGUCUCCCUUUCUUGGAAAAAGCUUCGCCUAUUUCUCUUGUCGAUUUUGAGGAGCGCCGAGAUCGCUUGGCAAAUGCAUUGGUCGCCGAGGGCGUUGAUGCCUUUGUUGUAGAGCCGGGCUACACAUUUAAGUACUACGGUAAUGUGAGCCAGCCAGAAUGGGAGGUGUGGGAGCCCGAGGAACGCCCGUUCUUGAUGGUUGUCCAUCCACAGCAGGAUGACCAGGGCAUUGUCACUGCCAAUACAACCUUUUUGUGCCCAUCCUUUGAAGCCGAGCGAGCCCGGCUGCUGGGAAUGCCAUUUGACGGACCUAUUCAAAUUGUCCCAUGGGAGGAGCACUGGGAUCCAUAUGCCACACUCCAGCAAGCGAAUGUGUUCAACCUUCAACGGCCGCCUCGACUGAUGGUCGACGAAGAGAUGCGUGAUUUCAUCCAAAGAGGACUCAGCACUGCUGGAUUCGAGGUGGUAGGUCUCAAAGGCCAAGUUGAAGAAGUGAGACAGAUCAAGAGUGCCAGCGAAAUUGAAAUUUUGCGCGCAGUCAACACCGGUACAGUUGAAGCUGUUCGGCAAAUCAGGAAAUGUCUUUCCCCUGGGCUCACCGAGAGUGACAUUGCCCUGGCGCUCGACAAUGCCCUGCGCGCGGCCGGGAUGGAGCCAUUCUUUGAUAUUGUCCUGUUUGAUGAGAAUGCUUCUAACCCCCAUGGAGGGACCAAUGGCUCUAAAGUAUUGGAGCCUGAGACUUUCGUUCUCAUCGAUGUUGGGGCCCAUCUCUAUGGAUACUCGUCGGAUAUCUGUCGCACGUUCUUCCCUCCAUUCCUUGAGAAACCAUCAGAGGGUGACUCACUGUCACCGCGCAUGGAGGAAAAACUCAAAGUCUGGGAUAUCGUUUUCGAGGCACAAACCAAUUCCAUUCACCAAAUGCGAGAGAAUGCGACCGCCGCCAGUGUGGACAUCGCUGCUCGUGAGGUCAUCACAGAAGCAGGAUACGGAGAGGCCUUUACUCAUCGCGUUGGUCACGGAAUCGGAAUCAAAGCCCACGAAAGCCCAUAUCUCAAUCAAGGUAAUGUGAAGAGCCUACUCAAAACUGGAAUGACCUUUACCUCCGAGCCCGGAGUCUACUUGGUCGACAACUUUGGUGUGAGACACGAGGAUGUGUUGUUAGUUCAAGGUGACGAGGAGCCUAUUCUUUUGACUGGAACACGCGCCGGUGGCCCCUGGGAUCCAUAA